AUGGAAUCUUCUGGAAGAGGAAAACAGUUGGUGAGUGGCAGUUAUCAGCCGGGCGGCAAAGCUGCCUAAUGAGAUAGGGUGGAAGACAAACAAUAGCUCCUUGAAACACAUUAUUUCUAGGAAAUAGGUGAGUUGGGAAUAAACUGCUUAGAAAAAUGGUGGCAACGGGAAGCUAUUUUAAUAUAGAAUGCCACCCUCAAUCUGUCGGUAAUUUUGAAAGGGAGAUCCAGAGCAGGAAAGUGGUAUUGGUGUGGAAAGAUAGAAGGUUGGUACUGACAAAAGCUUUAUUUUUCCCAAAAACACAUAAUUCCUGGCGAUACUGUGUAUGUAUUGAGUAAACCAUACAGCUUGUGUGAAGAGGCUAUAUUCAUCCCAACAGCAGUAACCUUAUUGCUGGCACCUGUCCUGUCUUGAGAGGUAAUGGAGUGUGCCUCCAGGGUGAAAUCAAACCACAAACCUGGGCAAUGUGGAUGGAUGUCCUGGGCUGCCCAGACGACAAAACCUCCUGGGCCCUAGAGCCCAGCCUGGUCUUGCCAUAGUGCCCCUGACCCACUCACCAAAUGGCUGCCCACCCAACGUUGGAGGGAUGCACCCACCAAAGGCUGCAUUGACUUGCCAGCUGGACUCCCCGCUGCAUGGGCAGGCAGGCAGGUGGCGCAUUGCAGCCCCACGAACCCUCUGUGCCCCACACUUGCCUGGCAGGAUUAGCGGUGACCAUUACCAGGCUCAAGGCGAACACUACACUGGUUGCCCAUAAGCUUCCGAGCCCCAUUAAAAGUGCUGUUUUUGACCUUGAAAGAUCUUUACAGCUCAGGACCCCAAUACCUUCUAGAACAUCUCUCCCGAUACAAACCUACCUGGACCCUUAGACCAGGCAUAGGCAAACUCAGCCCUCCAGAUGUUUUAAGACUACAAUUCCCAUCAUCCCUAGCUAACAAGACCAGUGGGCAGGGAUGAUGGGAAUUGUAGUCUCAAAACAUCUGGAGGGCCGAGUUUGCCUAUGCCUGCCUUAGACCUUCCUCUGAGGCUUUUCUCCAGCGACCCCCUCUGAGGGAGGCUUGGGUAGUGGUGACAAGGAAGAUGGUCUUUUCAGUCGUGACUCCCUAUUGGUGCAAUGUGCCUGGUACCUUCAUGACAUCUUUUCAGCAUCAUUUAAAGACUUACUUUCCCCCAGGCUUUUGAUCGACUAAGACAAUAUUGUUCGUUAUUACUAUGUCCAAAAGCUUCCUGUGGCUGCUAUAGGAGUUGUUCUUGUUCCUUUUGCUUUAAGUCACAAGUUAAUUGGGUAACACAUGGCAAACUAACAACAACAACAACAACAACAACAACAACAAUUUAUUAUUUAUACCCCGCCCAUCUGGCUGAGUUUCCCCAGCCACUCUGGGUGGCUUCCAAUCAAGUGUUAAAAACAAUACAGCAUUAAAUAUUAAAAACUUCCCUAAACAGGGCUGCCUUCAGAUGUCUUUUAAAGAGAAGAUAGCUGCUUAUUUCCUUCACAUCUGAAGGGAGGACGUUCCACAGGGCGGGUGCCACUACCAAAAAGGCCCUCUGUCUUGUUCCCUGUAACCUCACUUCUCGCAAUGAGGGAACUGCCAGAAGGCCCUCCACGCUGGAUCUCAGUGUCCGGGCUGAACAAUGGGGGUGGAGACGCUUCUUCAGGUAUACAGGACCGAGGCUGUUUAGAGCUUUAAAGGUCAGCACCAACACUUUGAAUUGUUCUCAGAAACGUACAAAUAGCAAUGAUAUUGCCCUGGGAGGGAAGACUCUACUGAAAGGUCUCACAUCGAGUAGAGUUUUGCCACAGUGCAAGAUGUCCUCACAUAACUGCCGCCCAGCCUUGAUUAUUAUGCUUUAUGAUAAGCUCAUUUAACUCCUUUUUCAUCUGACAGGAUGGCCCUAUCUUGACUGCUGCCUUAGGGCAUGUCUUUCUGCUAUAAUGUCCACACCCGCAAGCAAAAACCCUUCAACUACCUCAUUUACUACAACUGAAAAAGAAGCCCAACCUGCCGGCGCCAGUUCUUCUGAAACCUCUUGGGAGAUACAUGCAGAUGAUUUCACCAAGGAGUUAUCCUGUGCUAUAUGUCUAGAGCUGUUUAAGGAGCCUGUCAUUCUGCCCUGUGGCCACAACUUCUGCAAAAAUUGUCUAGAGGCAGUAUGGGGGAAAAAGGGAGUCUUCUGUCCACAAUGCCACGCGAGCGUUCCAGAGCGAAAGUUCAUAGCAAACAAAACACUGGAGAAAAUGGCGGAAAGGAUUAAGACCUUUCAUGUGGGGUGCCAGCAACAGAAGUGCAUAGAACACAGCGAGCCCUACACCCUCUACUGGAAGCCGCAAGAAAAGCUAGCUUGCUUCAGCUGCCGAGAAACUCAACAACCCAAAGAACAAAGCACCCAGUUUCUCCUUAUCCCAGAUGCCGUCCAGAUUUAUACGGUAACCAUUUUACCAAGGCCGGAUCAAAACAUGGGAAAUGAUCCAGCCAAACUCAAGUAGCAGUAUUCAAUGCUAGUCCUACUCAGAGCAGGCCCACUGGAGUUAAUGGACACGACUAACUUGGAUUUCUCAAUUUCAGUGGGUCAACUCGGAGUAGGGCUCUGGGCUGAUUUGCACUUACCUUUUUGCCCCAGGCACUGUUCUGUGCUUUAAAGCUCUGUGUCAAGUGUUUUAUUUUCGCCCCAGAUUUCCCUGCGAAAACCUGCGCUUUGGUGCUCAGUUGGAGCAAAUGGCAAUUUAGGCUUUCUGCUGGUUGCCAUUUGCUCUGAUUCAGCUUUAAUGAGCAGGUUUUUGAGGGGAAUUCUCAGGAACAAAAGAAGAAGAAGAAGAGGUGCUCAACACUGAGUUUUAAAGUGGAUGCGCCCCCACCUGGAAAGAGUGGAGGAAAGGUAAGUGUGGACAAGCCCUUAGCUAAAUACAACCCAAGCUUUUUAAAACUAUGCUGGUUUCAAAGGGAAACACCUAAGUACCUACUUAUCAGGUCCAUUGAAAUCAAAGGUGUGUAUAUAUGUUUUAAAGCUAGCUGGGCGUUGCUAAGAACUUAAAAGUACCUACCUGUGACACAAAUUUUCAUGAAUGUAUAGUGUUCCUCUGGGGAAAUGAAGAUGGGUGGUUGAGGUCCCACCAGCACCUUGCUUUGCAGCCUGCUCAGCUGCCCUAUAAGCAUUGUUUUAAAAGUUUUUGCUUUGUUUUUUAAGGUGAAAGGGUCAGGAAAUUGGGGGCCCAGCUCAAAAGAUCCAGUUUUUGGGCCACCUGCUCCCUGCACCCACAACCUCCUGGCUGGUUGGAUAAUGUUUUAACAAUGGAUGGAGAGGAUCCUGUACAAACAUUUUAAAAUGCUUCCAUUCAGUAAGCAGGCCUCUAGCUCAAAUAGACUUUUCUGCUAACUGGAUGUAGCUUAGAGCCUUACAAAACAAACAAACAAACAAACAAACAAACAAACAAACAGUGGCACAGAUUAGUUGCUUCAUGGACUGCUUUUCUCAUGGUUGCAUUUUGUGCAGAAGGAAAAUUCCAUGUACCCAGGACGCCUAUUGCUACUCAUGUUGUAUCAACUGCAACUGUGGCUGCCCUGUGGAGAAUAGUGCGGAGUAUCACAAACACAUGUUGGGUAGCACCCAUGUCACUCCUGAUGAUGAGCAAAACAGCAUCUGUGUUAGAAAACAUUUUUAAAGUAUUUUUCUCUAUUUUAAAAUAUUUCUAAAAAGAAUUUCUCCUUUUUUUUAUAUGUGGAUGAAUCUGUCAAAUUUGAUUAUUCCAGUUGCAAAUUUAGUUUGCCAUAUAUCUGCAUCAGUUUGCAAUGAAUAUUCAUCAGCAUUUUAGUGCACAUUUCUCCGGAUACACACAUUUUUUGUCUAGUAUAUGUAUUUUUGCAACCAAUUUUCUUUAAUACCAUGCAUUUUUGUGUGUUAUUUUCACUAAAUUUUGUGUAUGCUUUCCCCAUAUAUGCACAUGUUUUAACACCAUUUUGAGUUGUAGAACUGUAUCACAACACUUGAAGGAGUUGUGGGUUCGAGUUCCCACGUUGGGGGGAAAUAUUCCUGCAUUGCAGGGGGUUGGACUAGAUGGCCCUUGUGGUCCCUUCCUAUGAUUCUUCCCCUCCCUAUGGUUCUAGGACUUUCUAGGACUUAAGUUCUAAUUUUUCUGUGGGGGUGAAUGGAUGACAUGUGAGUUAAAGUUGCCCUCUAGUGCAUGAAGACGGGAAAUGCAGGUCUUGCCCAAUCCUGUGCAUAUGUUUACAGUACUUGGAAGUUGGCUUACUUAGUAUUGCGAUUUAAGUUGUUUUAGUUGCAGAUGGCAUUACCGUUACAUCAAAGAACCUCAGCCAUGAAGCAAAGAUACUUCCUGAUUGGCACAGCUCAAAAAGAACAGAGAUGGUGCCAACAUAACAGCUUGCAUUCUGCCAGUGAUUUUCUAAAUUUCUAGCUGUACUAAAAGUAACACUUUUCCAGAUUAACUCGUCUGCCAAGGAAUGCCUGCCUCUCGGUCAUGGACUCCUUGCAUGUUGAAGAGAAUUAUAGGAAGCACAUAUUUACAGUAUAUGCCUAUCCAGUGCUUUUUUCUGGGGGGGACACAGGGGUACACAUACCUCUAAACCAGGGGUCUGCAACCAUUAAGACAAAAAGAGCCACUUGGACCCGUUUCCGAAGAAAAAAAAACGGAGCUGCAAAACUCGUCAUUAUAAAAAUAACUUUUUUGUCACUUUUUUAUUAUUUCUUUGUUUGACCCCUCAGAAUUACUCCUCCUCAUAGAAAUAAACGUUAAAUUAACAAGUUACCUUUUUGUGUGUGUGUGUUCUUCACUCCCCUUCAAAACAGUGACCAGCGUACAUGACCCCUUUCAAUGCAGUGACCAGCGUACAUGCCCCUUACAAUGUAGCGGGCAGGCGAGCGGGAAGGUGACAUCGGGACGGUGCGUGACUAACGCAGGUUAGCACCGCCCCCAUGCGACGUCACAGCCAGUACAGCGCCCGCCACAGUGGGGAGUGUCGGGGCGCACAAUGCGCCUCCUCCCCUUGCUAGUAUCCGCCCCGGAGCCGCGGCAAAGGUGUAAAAGAGCCACAUGCGGCUCCGGAGCCGCGGGUUGCAGACCCCUGCUCUAAAUAUUUUGUGAAUCUAAGUUUGGCCUCAUUGAGGGAUAGGGGUACCUUUACCUUUUUAGUUCAAUAUGAAUAGGAAAAAGAGAGUACCCCUAAACAUUUUUUUUAAAAAAAGCACUGUGCUUAUCUAUAUAGUAAUAUGCUUGUGAAAGAUGUGAAAUGCAGUGACCACCAUGGAAAAGUUUCAUGCAACUCUGGUAAUGCGGCUGGCAAAUGGGACUGAUCUUAAAUGGAACUGAUCACCUUCCUUGGAUACAGAAUGACUGAAUUAUUUUUAUAAUUAUAGCAUUAUUCUGUGAAUUAUAGAAUUAUUCCCACCCCACCCCUCCAGGAAAAACUGCUCAUGAUGAGAAUGCAGCUGAGGUCCAUCAUGAUGAAACUCGAGAUGUUGAAAAAUGCCCAGGAGGAGAAGAUUUCUAGUCAUAAAGUGAGUAGCAUUAAUUUGUGUUUAAGAAUAGCAGCAGUGAAAUUACUUUGUCUAUACACCAGAAUGUUAAUGCACACGUGGGUCUCACAGAUCCGAUUUUUUCCUUGUAGCUUUGGUGCAUGUUUGUCCACACAUGAGCUCUUUCAAUUGAUUUCUGUCUGAAUGCUUUCCCAUCCACACUUGUGGGUGGUGUUUGAUGAGGUGUGUUUGCAUUAUGAGCUUCCGACUUCUCCUUUCAGUUAACACUUCCCAACCCUCCCGGAGUUCUGGAAGCCUGAGGACCAUAGUGGGCAUGCCUUCAUGUAUUUGUUUACCUGUGCAUGACCUAUUUUUUAUUUUUGAGGUACAAGUCAUCAGAUAUACCAGACUUGCACAAAAGAGGCAAACAAUUUCAGAUCCUCCGUGUCCCUAUUUAACAGGGGCAUCCUUGAUUUAGAGAAGCUGUCCCGGUAUCUGAUUUGAUCAUGAAAUGUCCCGCUUUUCCUUAGGAUGUCCCUAUUUUCACUGGAGAAAUGUUGGAGGGUAUGGAGCUGUCUGAAGGAAAUACUGCAUAGGGAAGGGUUUGGUUUUUUUUAAAUGGUUAAUGUUUUAUUUUGUUUUAUUAUAUGCUGAAAGCCACCUAGAGUGGCUGGGGCAACCCAGUAAGAUGUAUGAUGUAUAAAUAGUAAAAUGAUCAUUAUGGAAUGGGACGUACCUAUUUUCAUCGGAGAAAUGUUGGAGGCUAUGCAAUUUUUAAAAUGUACAUGUGAGCCUAGCCACGCCAGUAGUAGGCCAUUAAGGAGUGCCUCACCAUUGGACAUAGUGGUUUGUGGAAAUAGAUGGGACCAAGAAAAAUGUCAUACAUGUAAAAAAUGCCCCACUCAGCCAUCCAUCUGCAAAGUGAACUGCAGUACACCCACAACUGGGUAACACGAGAUUUUAUAUUAGAUUCCACCCCACCGCUUCACUGCUUAAUCCAUAGUUCAGGAAAAUUCAAAUUAUAAUUAGGGAAAGUAUAGGCUGCCCCUUGGAUGAGGAUAACAUUGUGUGAAAAACAGGCACACAUGGAAUGCACUGAAUCCACUUUAAACUGGAUAAUAAUAAUAAUAAUAAUUAUUUAUUAUUUAUACCCCGCCCAUCUGGCUGGGCUUCCCCAGCCACUCUGGGCGGCUUCCAAAAAAACAUUAAAAUACUGUAAUACAUCAAACAUUAAAAGCUUCCCUAAACAGGGCUGCCUUCAGAUAUCUUCUAAAAGUCUGGUAGUUGUUGUUCUCUUUGACAUCUGGUGGGAGGGCGUUCCACAGGGAGGGUGCCACUACCGAGAAGGCCCUCUGCCUGGUUCCCUGUAACUUGGCUUCUUGCAGUGAGGGAACUGCCAGAAGGCCCUCGGUGCUGGACCUCAGUGUCCGGGUAGAAUGAUGGGGGUGGAGACGCUCCUUCAGGUAUACUGGACCGAGGCCGUUUAGGGCUUUAAAGGUCAGCACCAACACUUUGAAUUGUGCUCAGAAACGUACUGGGAGCCAAUGUAGGUCUUUCAAGACCGGUGUUAUAUGGUCUCGGCGGCUGCUCCCAGUCACUAGUGUUUUUCAUACCUACAUUAAAUCAAUUGAAUGAAGGAAGCUAACUAACUAACUAACUAACUAACUAGAAUGCUGUGCACAUACUUCAGUUUACUCUGAACCCAAUGUGCUCCCACCACUGGUUUGUGAAACCAUGUACACAUGCUGUUAGUCACAAUCCACAUCUGUUCUGUAGUUUCUUGAGAAGUUUUGUGUUUUGAUGCAUUUCCCCCCAAAGUAGCUUCAAUCUUAUUUGAACAAUAUCAAGACGCCUGCAUCUUCUCUCCAUCCAAUGGUGUCAACAGACACCAGGCUACUUAGAAACACAUCCAGCCAUACUGAGGCACUUAACAGUAUGUAAUGAAAUUAUCACCAUCAUCAUUAUUAUAAUUAUCAAUGAUGUGCAAAUGCAAUUUGAAACCCAGUGGAGGGGAAAGGCCCCAACUAUGUUUUAAUCUAGCCCAAGCUAACUUAGCCCAAGCUAACUGAGCUCUGUUCAGUUCUGGUACUGAAAACAAAUUCUAAUAUCAGGAUGUACUCAUCUUUUACUCACAUCUUUAAUUGCAAGUACUCACAUCUUUAAUUGCACAAGGUCUGGUUGACAGAUCAUGUGAUUUUAGUAAUAAAUAAAUAAAAUAAAUUUGACACGCCUGAAGUCUGCAAACCCCUGAUAUAAAAGUAAGCUUGUCUGGAGUUGUAACUCGAUGCACUUCGAAUUUGCUCUUGAUUGCCUAUUAUUAAAGCGGAAAAGAAAAUCUAGAGAAUCCCCCCAACAAUACUGUUGCUAUUUUAAUAAUUGUGUGCUUCCAGAUAGGGUCUUAAUACUGCGAAAGGGUCACUGAAAUAUUACAAAGCAGUAAUAGACAACAGUUUUCAAAAAAAGAGAAGAUCUUACUUAUUUAUAAAAAUACUUAUAUCAGCUACUAGAGUACCCUUUGCUUUGUCUGAUAAAUUAUUUUUUUCCAGGAGAACAGAUUGCAAUUUCAGUACCACAUUUCCUUGGAAUUUCUAAAACUGCACCAGUUUCUUCAUGGCAAGGAGAAAAUGUACAUCAAUCAGUUAAAAGAAGAGGGUGAAAUUCUCCUCCAAGAAAUGGAGGCAAAUCUAAACAAACUCCAAGACCAAACACAGAGCGCUAAGGAUACCCUGGUCUGCAUCCAGGCCCGUCUGUACCAGCAGAAUUCUGCUGGCUUCCUGAAAGUAAGGAAUUUGGACCUAACUGUACAGCAUUGUUUGGGUUCUUGUCCAUGGGUUAUUUCAGAGAUUUCUAGCUCAGUCACUGUGUGCUUAGUAUAAGGAAACAGCCCAUAGUAAAAAGGGAUAUGUUAAUGAAAAAAGGGAGUUUUCCAGCUCCAGGAAAUGAUGCUCUGAGUUGCAUUACUCUGUGUUUCCCCUUGACUGCAUCGCUUGAGCUCUGAAGGUCCUGACCAGGGAGAUGCAAAAUGUCCAGCAAUUUGUGGCACAGGAAGAAGCCCUAAAUUUCUAUGAGCUAAAGCACAAAUUGUAUUUGGGCCCUCUUACAUGGAGGUGAGGCAGGAAGCCAGUCAGCCAAGCUAAUAGUGAGGUGAGCAGUGGCCUUGAGUGUGUGUGUGUUGUGUGCCAAUUCACUACCCCACAAUGCCUGCUGCCAAAAGGCUUUGAUACUCGGGCCUUAACACCUAUGCUAGCCUGCAGCUGAUAUAGCAAAGAUUUAGGAGAAAAUUCACGCCAGUUGGCUGGUAGGAUUUAGGAUGCGGCAGUUUAUCUACUGCUUUCCUUCCUCCCUGUCCCCACAUAGAGUUGUUUUGCCCCUUUGGUAAUGGAAGCUGAAAAUAGAAGAAGGGAAUCUGGGAUACAGCAACAACAGUAUGUUUUUAUAGCCUCACAAAGAGAUUUGGUGAAAGCAGCUUUUUAGAUCACCUUGAACAUCUGCGAGAAAAGAAACACCUUCUGGGAGAAGAGACAGGCAGGCUGUGAGGGGCAUCGAUUGGUUUGUGGCGCAAUGAACCACCUGUCCUGUUAGGUUUGCUAGGUUCCACAUAUGCUGAAAGUGUGUCUCAAAGACCAUUAGUAAAUAACUGUUUUUUCCCCCUCUCUCUCCUUUCCUCUGACAGGGAAUAAAAGCUUUCAUGGAAAAGUAAGUGUGAGACUGUGAGCAAGUGUUAUCGAAACAGUAAGGCAGGAUUUCUUUAAUCAGUCAGGGGACAAGCCUUAUUCAGGUGUGGGUACCAGAUGUGAGUUUGAUAGGGUGGGUAGCAAGAAUGAGUAUACUAGCCAUGCCCUUGAAAGUUGGCAUAUGUUCCAGUGGCAGGAUGUUCUCCAUGGGACCAGGCCUAUUGUAGCCAUUUCUGGAAUGCCUCUUACAGUUUUUAAUCACUGUCAACAAAACUGAAUAUAGUAAUGCAUUAUCUUAUACAAACAUGUUUUAAGUAUAUUUUGAGCAGUGCAUCCCACAUUGUCAUUAUACUUUUGAAUGCUUUGAUGGCCUUUGGCUAAGCAAUGAAGAUUUGUUUUGAUAUGUGAACCACUAUAAUAGUUGUUUAUAGAACUUUUUUUCAGGCAGUAUCCCUUCCUGCUAACUGGAAUGUGAAUUCAUGAUUUGUGCAGGAUGGAACAGAAAACAGAAAAUUCAUCUCUGGGUGAACUAGUGAUUGGAACUCUGAAUGCAGGGGACUACAAAGGGCCCAUACAUUAUGCCGUAUGGAAGGAAAUGAAAUCCAUCCUCAGCCCAGGUAAAGCUGUGUCCUGUACCACUUACUCAUCUUUAAAUCAAACAAAAGCUGUAGCUCUGUACACACAUGGGAGUAAGCCCCACUGAACUAACUUCUGAGUAAUUCUAAAAAUACUGCAGCAAGGCAUUAGAAAAUUUGGCACUGCAUUGUGGUCAAAGGCAGGAAAGGCACCAUAAAUUUGUAUAGGACCGUGCUGUAAAAUGGUUUAAGGGAAAAGACAGGCAGUCACUGAGCUUCACAUAAGUGUUCUGAUUCCUCUUUCUCACCACAAUAAGGGCUUGCAGGAUCAUUUGUUGUUGUCUCCUGUUAGUCCCCCACAACACAGGAAUAUAAUUUAAGAGAGUGCAAACAUCUACCAAUCAGUUUCUUCAAAACAAAGUUAACAUGAACAAUAAUUUCUAACCUAAAAGAAGAUACAUCAAAGAGGCGUUUUCAGUGUUACAUCACCAGCAUCUGCCUGAACUAGCAAAUUCCUUUCUCUAAAAGUGUUGUGGAGUCCAAUAUACAUGGAACAUCAUUUUUUGCUGAAUUAAUCUCUGUUUUAAAUCUCUGCUUCAUCACUACAUAUAGAUGCUGAAGCAACUUUUCAGUGAAUAGAGGUGAAUGGAAUGCUCUAUUCAUUCAUCAACAAGUUUCUGAAAAUCCAAUUUACAACAUUUCCAAAAACAUUUCUCAACAACCAUUACACAAAUAUCCAACUAUUUCCUUUAGCAAUAUUGGAGAUAUCUAGUUACUCAAUGCCUACAGUCUAUAAAUAGACACUAAAAGGUGCUGUAGCUGAGGAUACUGCCGUUCAGCAUUAGUGAGUUAAGUGGCAUUUGGACUGCAAACUUUAAAAUGAAAGUGGCAAAAUUUAAAAUGACAUUGUAUUACUUUUUUGUUGGGACAGGGAAUGCAGGUUUUCAUGAAUAACUUCCAUAUCUUUACAUCUAGAAAAAAGUUUUCUUAAUGUUUUUCAUGUAUUUAUAUCUCAUUUUUCUUCCACUAUGGAACUUAAGACAGCCUUAACAGAAUUAUUAGUGGUUUCCAAACUCAACAUUCACCAAACCCAGACUUGCUUAGCUUUAGCAAAGCUGUUGAAUUAAGGCCUUAGCUGGUGCAUUAAAGAGAACAUCAUAUAUUGAGGAAUCAAUUUUUUUGCAUAACACAUUCUGACAGUAGGGUCUUAUUUAUUGGGUGUAUUUACACUUUUACAAUUGUCCUUAAAUGUCUCCAAUGCUACAAUAGUCAUGUUUUUCUUGAUCCCACCAGACAUUUCCUUCCUGACUCUGGACCCCAAAACCGCACAUCCAAACUUGGUUCUCUCCGAAAGGAUGACCUGCGUGAGACAUACUGACACAAAGCUAGUUUUGCCGGACAUUCCAGAGAGAUUUGACUGCAGCGUUUCUGUCCUGGCGGCUGAAGGGUUCACCACUGGGAGACACUACUGGGAAGUGGAGACAUGGAACAAGACCAAAUGGACCUUGGGGGUUGUGAGAGAGAGCAUUAACCGUAAAGGGAACUACCCACUGUCCCCCAAAGAGGGGCACUGGCUCAUAAAGCUAAGGAAUAAGAAUGAGUUUAAAGCUAUAGACAUGGAAUCAAAACCUCUGGCCCUGUCCAAAAUUCCCUCUAGAAUUGGGGUGUUCUUGGAUUAUGAGGGUGGUCAGGUAUCCUUUUAUAAUGCAGACAAUAUGUCUCACAUCUACACUUUCAUGGACAAUUUUGCAGAGAAACUCUACCCAUACCUUUGUCCAUGUCUGAAUGACGCAGGACAAAACAGUGAGCCCCUGAGACUUGUUGCUUUUCACUUAUAG